AUGAAUGGAAUGAAGCAGUGUGACUGCGCACGCGCGCCGAGACACAUAGGCGGAAGUGGCGCGCGGGCGCUGGUACCGCGAGGACCUUUGCGUGGAGGCGGCAACCUGGCGGACAGUGCAAGAUUAGUCCGAGAGGAGGAGAAGCCGGAGGACUUAGCUCAGGAAGCAAAAGAAAAACUGAACAAAGGAGAGGAAACCAACAAAGAUACCUUUGGAAAAUCUGAAUGUGGCAAAAUAAGAACAAUGGAUCUCAAGUUCAACAACUCCAGGAAAUAUAUUUCUAUAACUGUCCCAUCCAAAACCCAAACAAUGUCACCACAUAUCAAGUCAAUAGAUGACAUUGUAGUGCUUGGCAUAAAUCUUAGCAAAUUUAACAAACUUACUCAAUUUUUCAUAUGCGUUGCUGGAGUUUUUGUAUUUUACCUCAUUUAUGGAUAUUUACAGGAAUUAAUAUUUUCAGUGGAGGGUUUUAAGCCCUAUGGCUGGUACCUUACAUUAGUACAGUUUGCAUUUUACUCCAUAUUUGGCCUAAUAGAACUUCAGCUUAUUCAGGACAAAAGAAGAAGAAUACCAGGAAAAACCUACAUGAUAAUAGCUUUUCUUACUGUGGGUACUAUGGGGUUAUCAAAUACUUCCUUGGGCUACCUGAAUUAUCCGACCCAAGUCAUCUUCAAGUGCUGCAAGUUGAUUCCUGUAAUGCUAGGAGGAGUUUUUAUUCAAGGCAAGCGUUACAAUGUUGCAGAUGUGUCUGCUGCAGUGUGUAUGAGCCUUGGCCUGAUAUGGUUUACACUUGCUGACAGCACAAUUGCACCCAAUUUCAACCUGACAGGUGUGAUCCUUAUUUCCCUGGCACUAUGUGCUGAUGCUGUUAUUGGAAAUGUUCAAGAAAAGGCUAUGAAACUGCAUAACGCCUCUAACUCAGAAAUGGUUUUGUAUUCGUAUUCAAUCGGUUUUGUGUACAUUUUAUUGGGAUUGACAUGCACUAGUGGAUUAGGCCCUGCAGUAACAUUUUGUUCAAAGAAUCUAAUGCGAACCUAUGGUUAUGCUUUUCUUUUUUCCCUCACUGGGUAUUUUGGAAUUUCCUUUGUCCUGGCUUUGAUUAAAAAUUUCGGUGCACUUCUUGCUGUAACAGUGACAACAGGAAGAAAAGCCAUGACCAUUGUACUUUCAUUUGUAUUCUUUGCUAAGCCAUUCACAUUUCAGUACAUAUGGUCUGGUUUGUUAGUUAUCCUUGGUAUAUUUCUCAAUGUUUACAGCAAAAAUAUGGAUAAAAUAAAACUACCAUCGAUAUAUGAUCUGAUAAACAAAACAGUGGAAGUGAAAAAAUCAAGGACGUUGGCACAAACUGUGUAGGCGGUGAUGCCUGCUGUUUCAUAUAGAAUGCUAAAGACCAAUCAUCAAUUAAUUCACUUGCCAAAGGGAUUAUUAUAAAAACCAAAGGAACUGACGGCAUUUGAGACUGGAUUACAUAUGAAGUCAGCCCUUUUCCUCAGAGCACUUUUUGACUGUUCAGCUUCUGAAGCAAUCAAGAAAGCAGCAUCUGUCACACCUUAGAAUAAUAUGUCAAUAUAAAGGACUGUAAUUAUGAGCAGUUUGUUGAGAAUUUCACUGGAAAUGGACCAUGGUGUAAGACUAAUUAGAUAUCAUUAUGGCAUAUCAGAGAAACUGAUAUGUAAUAGACUGUUUUGUCUUCAUUCCAUUUUGGUGGUAUUUAAAUUGAUUCUCUGUUAUAAGAGUGAACUGAUGAUUUAAAGUCUAGUGAUAAUAACUUCAUUAUAAAUAAAAAUUAUUCUGUGAUUAUUUUAUUAAAGAAUGUGUUGAUAGAAUUUUGUUAUAAAGAGGGAAGUAAAGAUUGGAGUAAGGCUUUACAUAAACUUUAAAACUUAGGGCUUUCUCUGAUAACUUAAAAAUAUUCUUUAGAGAAAACAUGCUUGAAUUUUUCUGUGAAAUAUAGCCAGUAUAGUAAAAGGAGACAAUAUACUGCACCCUAUAAAUAUAUAUCACAAGAAAAACUUGCUACUAUUCAUCAAAGAGGUGCUAAAAGAUUUAAUCAUUAGGAUUCUUUAAUUGAAGGCAAAAUAAUUGAUGUCUUAAAUUAUUAUAAAAUACUAAAGUUGUCAUCAUUUUUCUUAUACAAUUGAAUUUGGAAUUUAUUUUGUCAGGUUGCAGAUGUAAUAAGGUAACCUUAAGAAAUACAAAUACAUACAGCAAAUUUGUACAGUUUGUCGCUUGCAAGGUUUUCAUCUAAACUCAUAAGAUUUUUACCCUUAUGUUUUAACAGUGAGUUUUUGGAAUUGCUUCCACUAUAUUUUUUAAAAUGCUACUAAUCUUCAUUUUCAGUGUAAGUAAUGUUGAUUAAAACAGUAUCUCUGCUAUUGGUGAUAUUAUAUUUUGUCAGUAUAAUAUACUUGGAAUAUUUAAUCUCAUUUCUUAAAAUUCUAUUGUAUGAUGAUGGUGACUUUAACCUGUUAUGUGCUUUUGUACAACAGAGCUCGUAGUAAUUUAAGAAUAUAGCAUAAGGAAUUUGGA